AUGACCUAUUUUGUGGAGCAGUGCUUUCUUUUUGCAUACAAAAAUAAUAACCAAAUUUUAUGUACAGACAAUAAGCUAAAAACAGCUUCUUGGGUUAAUAGCCUAGCAGAGGCCUCUACUUGUUAUCACUUUGGCAUAAGAGGAAUGCUUGUCAAUACAAAUAAUGUUAAAAGUGUGCAGGAGAAGUUGGAUAAAAAUAGGGAAAAGGAUGCGGAUGACAAACUGUUAGUAGUCGAUUUAAAGCCCGAGGAGGGGACAACUCGGGUGUUCGUGAAUAACCGAGAGCAGAAUGUGCAGGACGGCUAUGGGGGAGUGAUUGAUUUGAAUAAAAUUAAGAAGAACAUGGAAGAGGAGGAGAAGAAGAAGCGGAGCACGCGGGAGGAAGUUCCCUCUGAGGAGCACGCUAGCACGGAAGGGGGUGAAGAGGAAAUUGACGAGACGCAAGAAGUUGACGAAGAUUCCAGCGAUGCCACUGAUGACAGCGGUGCCCAAACGGGUGAUGAGGAUGCAGAAUAA